AAUUGGUGCACAAAUUCUUGAUGUGCAUAGAAUGAAUACUCUCGUUGAUUACAUGCUCUGCUGUCAUAUAUAUACACAUCCAUGUGCAAGGGAAUAACCAAGUUUGCUGACCUGGCUUAAAACAAAGGAGCAAGGAGUAGACUUCUACCAAAUUUCUCAACAAUUUUAGUAUCCAGUGAUCAGCCAGCAAGUAACUGGACCUUGGAGCACUUCAACAACUUAAAUUGCGAAAGCCAGCAUCACCUUCAUCAACCAAACAAGUAAACAUAAUGGAACACAGCAGUUCGAGUUUGGUUGACUCAACGCUGAUCUCGUCUCAGCGUCUCUCACUCGUUGAGUUCCUCAUUCAAUCUGCUGAACACCUCCAAGUUGCUCCAGUUGUUAAGUACUCUGCAUUAUCCCUCUUCGCGGAUCGCUUCCUUCCUUCUCUACCACGUUUCAAAAUAGAUGCUCAUAAUUCAAAUAACUGGCUAUUGAAGCCCCUCACUGAGAGUGCAUUGCACCUAUUUGCGGUUAUUUCUCUCUGGAUUUCAACCAAAAUGCAUGAUUCGAGGCCGCUCUCCGUUACAUGCUUGAGGUCUUUGGCUAACAAAUCCAUCAGCGAACAACACUUCACCACUCGAAAUUUCUUGGAAGCAGAGGUGCUCUUUAUGCAGGUGUUGAAUUUUGAGAUUGGCACAACAAAUAUUGCGUUUUUGUUCCUUCAAGAGCUUUGGAUUCAGAUCAAGGGAGUGGCAAAGGCUGGUGAGCUGAUUAACUUUGAAGCUUGCAUGGAGAUCAUGGAUCUGCUCUAUGAAAAGGAAGAGACAUCACUACUUUGUACUUAUAGCUGUCCGCCUCACUCUCUUGCUGCAUCAAUCUUGGUUGUGACAUAUGUAAUGACAGUCCCUCAACACAAAUGGGAGUUUCCAAUUCUUCCAUGGGGUGAGGAGAUGCACUAAGUUGAAAAUAUAAUGUAACAUGCUUUUCCAGUUUUCCUGGCUGUGAGCCUGUGACUUGUAUUUUAUUCUAUGAACUUAUUAACUCAACCAUGAAGUUAUUAAGGAUAAAGGAACUGAAGCUGAUAAAAAUAUUUUGUUGUCAGCCAAGUUUGUGACCUCGUGUAAGGAAGAGGAUAUCAUCAAAAUGGCCACUCUGAUCCUCAGACAUGUACUGGAACCUUCUUGAGUUCAUUCUGAUAGAUUAACGCCUCUGGAAUUUGGAUUGUCUUUUGAACUUGUUUUUCGCAACUCACAAGAGGAUAUUUACCAGUGCACUCUGAUGAAUGUGGUUUCUAAGCUUGCUUAUAUGUACAUAUUAUCAGACAUAAAAGAUUCAACUCUG